UGGGGAAUGAUUCCAUAAUCCUCUCAUUUUGCUUUUGGAGCAGUCGCUUUCUGUCUCACAAUCUUUUCUAUUUUAUAUACUUUUCUUUCACUUCCCUUCCUUUCACCCAGUUGCUUUUGUUACCAAGAUAAUUUACUCUGUGCCGGACUCAUUUUCUCUUUUAUAUUUCAGCAUUUUAACAGAGAAGCAAAUUGGACAGUUGGUGAAUCCACACAGUUUUAUAGUGGACUUAUACGCAACAUUCAGCACCAAAAACCAGCUGUUUUUCAUCAUGGAGUUUGUGGCAGGAGGCAGUUUAAGAACCCACCUGAUGAGGAGCAAGCACUUUGAUCUACAGACAACCAAGUUCUACGCUGCUUGUAUAACACUUGGUUUAGAAGGAAUUCACAGCAAGGACGUCAUACACAGAGAUUUAAAGCCGGGGAAUCUACUAAUGGAUCAAGACGGCUACAUCAAGAUCGCCGAUUUUGGGAUGAGCAAAACUGGCAUUGGAUAUGGAGACCGCACCAACACCAUGGUUGGGAGUCCUGCUUAUAUGGCGCCCGAAGUCGUGAUGGAGGAGGAGUACUCAAGAGCCGUCGACUGGUGGGCCCUUGGCGUCAUCGUUUAUGAGAUGCUUCUCGGAACGAGACCUUUCACCGGAUACGACAGGGACUUUAUAUACGAUUCCAUCGUGGAGGAUGAGCCACAGUACCCCUCAUCCCUGGACUCCGAAGCAGUAAGCUUCAUAUCACAGCUGUUGAAGAAGAAUCCUGAGGAGAGGCUAGGUUCCACCCCAGGGGAUGCCGCAGAUGUAGCAGAACAUCCAUUCUUUAAUGGCAUUGUCUGGGAUGAUAUUAUCGAGAAGAACGUAACAGCGCCGUUCGUACCCAGCCUAAAUGGACCGGAGGAUGUGGGGUAUUUCGAUGAGGAAUUCACCAAGCUGUCUGCGAAUCUGACCCAGCCCAAAGGACCCCCUGCUGAGAUGGCAAGCGAGAUCGAUGAAGCCUUUCUGGACUUUAACUAUGCAGCAUUUUAAGUCCAAAGGGGAUGAUGGGUAAGAAAAGACCU